ACAAUAGUUAUUCAUCAAUUCCUAACCUAAGCUUCCUUUUAUAUAUUCUUCAUACAGGGCUACUUAUUGUAUUAUUUUAUUUAUCAACAUAAGUUUAUUGUGGAAAUUUAAUGGAAGAUAUAGAAAAAGAUUGGAAUAAAAUCGCCAAAUCAUCUAAAAAAACAGGAUAUAGAGAUGGUGUUUCAGAUGGCAGAGAAAGCAAUUAUCAAAAAUACUUUGAUGGAGGGUAUGAAGAAGGCCUUAAGAACGGUUUAAUAUUGGGAAAAAUAAAAGGAAUUGUUAGUAUCACAGCACUUUUAAAUAAGAAACCUUUGGAUUUGACUGAAGAAUUACAAAACACUCGGUAUGGUUGUUGUGAAAUAUGCAAGAACAAGGAAUUACUUAAUAAUUCCAAAGAUAAAGUAAUAAAUAUUCAGUCGGCAAGUAUGACUAAAACAGUAACUGAUUUAAUGUCAUCUUAUACAUGUAUACCAGAUCUACUAAAUAAACCAAAUAUGACUUGAUAA